CUAAUACGUUUAGAAGGCACUAGAGCUAUGUUCGUUGGUCGCCAUGCUCUUCAUUUCCCAUUUUGCCUCCUCUGCCGCAACGAUGCAGCUCUCCAAGUGUCUCGCUGGCCUCGCUCUUUUCACCAGUGCCACCGCCAAAGUCUCGCAAGUCCACGUCGGUCUCUCGUCCGAAGCCGUCGGCUGCAAGGACGGUGUUGCGGUCACGUUUGCCAGCGAUGCGUCGACGCCGUUGACGGUCAAGUACGGCGUUGGCAACGCGGACAAGUCGGCAAUGACGACCAUCAACACGUACAAGGUCGAGAACACCAACUACACGUACACGUCGCCCAAUCUCCACACGGCGAUGCUCUGCAACUUGGUGCCCAGUGCGCACUACUCGUACGCUGUCCAGGAGUUUUCCAGUACCUUCAAGUCGAUCCCUGCGGCGUCCAAGCCCACGGUGCUCUCGGUCGUUGGUGAUGUCGGCAUCGAGCACAUCCAGGACACGAUCUCGAACCUUGGCAGCGAUCUCGAGGGCACGACGCCGGAUGCUGUCAUCAUUGCGGGCGACUGGUCGUACGCCAACGGCUGCCACGAAGAUUGGGACACGUGGCUCGAGGCGACGCAGCCGCUCUUCUCCAAGGUGCCGCUGCUUGGUAUCACGGGCAACCAUGAGGUCAUUGAGGGCGAUGGUGUCAUUUACACCCGCCCUGAGUGCAAGGCUGAAAUGUUCUCGGGCUACAUCAACCGCAUCGUUACGCCGAUCUCGGCUGACGCGACCAAGGACCACCGCACGUGGUACUCGAAGAACAUUGGCAACAUCCACGCUGUCUUCCUCGACGACUACACGGGUAUCCUCGGCGACAACAACAUUGGCUCCGAGUAUUGGUUCACGCACCGCAACCAGCAGCUCGACUGGCUCAAGAAGGACCUCGCAAGCGUUAACCGCGAGACGACGCCGUACCUCAUCGUCUUCAAGCACAACCCGUACUACAACUCGUGGGUGCGCCACCAGUGCCAGUGCUCGUCGGUCAAGUUUGAAAUCAACGACGUCGAGGAGUGCUGGAAGGGCAACUACUACAUGAACUCGACCGCCACCGGCGGCAAGCUCGGCGACGUCCGCGACGAGCCCCACUGCAGUCUCCAGGCCAAGUUUGAGGACCUCUACUACCAGUACGGCGUCGACGCCGUCAUGGCCGGCCACGUGCACUGCUACGAACGCACGGCGCCCAUUUUCAAGAACAAGAUCACGCAGGGCGCCCCGGUGUACAUCACGGUCGGCACCGGCGGCCACGGCCUCUACCAAGGCGCGAUCUCGCCGAUCCCCGAGUGGUCCAAGUCGAUGACUGACUCGUAUUAUGGUGCGUCGCGUGUGAUUGCCGACGAUGACAAGAUCACGAUCCACUUCCGCGCCAACGGUGAGACGACGACGCUCUUCGACUCGGUUGUGAUCCCGCGCCGCGCCAAGCCCGCAUGCUAAGCUCUCGCGAUAAUGCUGGAGCUUACUGUAUCCCGUGCUGGUGUUGACACUUUUGUUUUUGCC